GGAAGAUCAAACAGCAAUGAAUAAAAGGACCCUUCUCUGUAUUAAAUCUAUACAGCUCUUUUCUUCUACAGUUACAUAGUGUAACUUGAAAAAUUUAGUUAUCUAGUAGAGACGGACUAGAAAUACAACUCCCAAGCACCUACCAAUCAUCUUCCUCCUCUCUGCUCACUACAGAUGAUCCUUGAACUAUUUUGUUCUAAGUUUAAGAUGCAUUUUACAACUCAUAAGAAAGAACAAGGUUUCUGUUCAAUGAGAGCUAUUUAGUGACACCUACUGUUAAUGAUCAUUGAGUAAGAUGAAGCUGCUUUAACUCAGCAAUCAGGCUCUCAGUGGAAAUUUUGCAUUUCCUUACACACUAUAAGAUGUGUUUAAUUUUAUUUCUGAGUUCAAGGGACCAUCUCUAGUGAGCAUUGAGGAGAUAACCACUUGUGAUACAAUCUGUAAGGAAGUGCGAAUUUCCGUUAAGAGAUACAGCUACCUAGUGACAUCUGCUUUUUGCAGCUGCUGGAUAUUGCUGUGUAGGCAGCACCUCACUGAUAGAGCUACCUGGUGAGAAGCAAGUGAUUCUGCACCUUCAGAGAAAAGAAGCUUCUUCACAUCAUCUGAGAAGAAAGAAGGAGAAAAGGAACUGGGAGAAAAAUACCCAUGAGUUCUUCAAGUACGGAGCCCUUUGAAGUCGAAAUCUCAACCGUAUAUGACUAUUAUGAAAAUUAUAAUGAUGCUCCAAAACUAUGCAGUAAGGAAAGCGUCAAGAGGUUUGCAGCUUCCUUCCUACCCGUUCUUUAUACACUUGUAUUCCUGGUUGGGCUCAUGGGAAACAUCCUGGUCAUUGUGGUCCUCUUCAAAUACAAGAGGCUGAAGAGCAUGACCGAUGUGUACCUACUAAACCUUGCCAUCUCAGAUUUGCUCUUCGUAUUAUCCUUGCCGUUCUGGUCUUAUUUCACAAUAGAUGAAUGGGUUUUUGGAACUCCUUGGUGUAAAAUCAUUUCAUGGAUUUACCUGGUUGGGUUUUACAGUGGAAUAUUUUUUAUUAUGCUUAUGAGCAUAGACAGAUACCUGGCAAUUGUUCGCGCAGUGUUUUCCUUGAAAGCAAGGACUGCCUUCCAUGGCUUGACUACUAGCCUUGUCGUAUGGCUGGUAGCUUUUUCAGCCUCAGUUCCAGAACUUGUGUUUAGAGACUCUUUUAAUGAACAAAAUUAUACUACCUGCAAGCUGAGAUAUCCAGGCAAUUUCACGACGUGGAAAUUUUUUUCCACUUUGGAAAUCAACAUUUUAGGGCUCUUAAUUCCUUUUAUAGUUAUGACAUUUUGCUACUCCAUGAUCAUUAAAACAUUAGCUCAUUGUAGAAAUGAGAAAAAGAAUAAGGCUGUGAGGAUGAUCUUCGUUGUCAUGAUCGUGUUUUUCUUCUUUUGGACUCCUUACAACAUUGUUAUUUUCUUACAACUGCUGGAAAUUAUGGGAGUCAUUAGAGACUGUCAGGUCAGUAGGAAUCUGGACUAUGCUUUCCAGGUAACAGAAAUCCUCAGCCUUUUUCACUGUUGCCUCAACCCGGUCAUCUACUUUUUCAUGGGGGAGAAAUUUAAGAAGUACCUGAAGAUGCUCUUUAAGAACUGGCGGUUGCCUGGAAGCAUUUGCAAGUGGUGCAGAGUUCACAUCACUUACCACAGUGAAUCUACCAGCUCAUUCCACACACAGUCUACGGGGGAUCAAGAUGCUUUGUAAUACCUUUCAGACCAACCACCGAACGCUCACCAGCAAGCAAACUGGCAAAAGCAGGAGCUUCGAAAAGCUAAGCAAAGGCACAUGUAUUUAACGAUAAGCCAGUGCCAGCUACUUACCUCAAGCUUUGAUUUCUGCCUCUAGAUUUUCUGAAUAUUAUGAAAGAAGGUGUUCCAGACGUGAAACGUGGGAGACAGACAUGCAAUUUUACCUGCUGCGAUUACAAAGCACUGCUCAGAUGUAACAGCAGCCUUGGCUCUCCACAAAGCACGGUGCCGUGGCUGCUGCUUUUUCACCGGUAUGGAGAUGGAGGCUGGCCUGCGUGGAGGGGCAGAGGAGAGACAGAUGCACCUGCGUUUGGAAAAUGCAUUCAUUUAUUCAAGAAGGAUGGUUAGAACCGUAUUUUUUUAUUUUACAGUUGAUCUCUGCAGGACUUGUUUGCUCUGACUCUUAGCAAGCUAUUAAUAGUACCUGUUACUGUUAAAUGUUUCGUCUCAUGGAGAGGACACACCCUCUGACAUUAAGAAAAAGCACACAAAAUAUAUUCUUUAUCCGCACAAAGAUGCAAAGCAAAUGCAAUACAUUGCAUUAUAGAUGUGUUUUCUUUUAGAUACCUGAGUUGCCAUGUAUGCCUGUGUGUAGGGGUAUAUAAAGACGUUUUUAAUUACUUUACCACUGCGAUUCGGGACAACAAUUCUGCAUUUUAACUAAAAUAGAAAAUGUUAAAAAUAUUUUUUUAUUAAAAGGGUUUUACAAAGCUGAUUUUCCAGCAUGUAUGAAUAAAUUUGAAGCAUCUUGGUUAAAAGUACACCUUUGUUCUUUGUUCAAAAAGUACUUAACCCCAAUACUCAGUUUUCAUUCAUUAGAGGCCUAUCUGACAAAACCAAAGAAAGUAAAAGCAGAGAUUGGGUAGAGUAAGUCUGUCAUAACUUAGAAACCACACAAAGAAUCCUAGCAUUUGAUAACAGCAAAAUGUGAAUUGUGAUGUCCCUGUAGGGACUAACAGAUAACAUGAUGCUAAUCGGAGAUCUGGAACAGGACGGAAACUCUCACAGCAAUGUUUAAAUUUUCACACAAAAAUCAUUUUAAAAGUGGCAAAAAUCAGUAAUGUGGUAGUAGACAACGUAAGA